AUGUUUGCGUCCGACUCCCAGUUGAGCGAUCUUGAAUUAAUCGAUAUCGCUAUCAAACAGCUUCACAGUAUCUAUGGUGCUACCGAUUUAAAAGAGUGUGUUUCGUGUAAGAUGAGACUACAGGUGGGAAAGUUCUUGGCCUUGACACGCCUGGAUUUGGUCCCCCUGGUAUACACCCGAUGGUGUAAAGAAGAAGGGUUUGACGAGUCUUUGUGUCAAACCAAGUUUGGAUACCCUUCUGUGGAAUAUGGAGCCUUAGGGCUUGAGUUUACAAAAAUGGUUCAGUUGGUCAACCCUGAGGGGUUGGAUGGCGAUUUGUACUGUUACUACCACGACCAGGAUUGCCACGUGAUGCCCGAGUUGCCCAGUAUCCGUAUGGCCAAGCUUUGGCCUCCACGACCCAAAUUGUAUGAGGCUCCCAAGCCCCAAGGAGAAACUUUUAACGUGUUGCACUUGAGCGACAUCUCCUUACAAUUAGAUUAUACUUUACUUGCCGAAUCCAACUGCUCUCAGGCUUUAUGCUGUGCUCCACGAAGUUCCAAUAAAGUGCAUCCCCCACCGGAUUACGACUAUUCUUCCAUCUACGAUCCUCAAUUCGGGUUAUCUUUUUACGACAGCUCCUAUGCAAGUGGCCAUUUUCAAAAAGGGCCCUACGUGGACCAAUUCAAGACUUUCACACCUACUUGGCUCCCAAGUCAUGAAUUUGGGGCUUAUGGCUGUGAUACUUCUGAGUUGAUGCUCAAUAAUACCCUUCAAAUCAUCCGUGAUUUCCAUGAAAAUCACUUGAACUUCGAGUUUGGCAUCUUUACUGGGGGCAUGGUAGACCAUGCUGACUCCAUUCAUGUUAGCAGAAAAGAUGUCUUGGAUUCGCAGUUUAGGGGAUACAGGGAUAUGUUGCAUUAUUUGGAAAACUUUCCCAUAUACUCGGCUAUGGGUACAAGAGACAGUUUUCCUCCUAAUCAACUUCCCACCAAGUCCUUGACCACCCAGUUUAACUAUCAAUGGCAAUUUGACUUCAUUUCGGAUUUGUGGCACGAGUCCAAAUGGAUUGACCUUGAUGCCGCUAAGCAGGUGAGGUACAAUCAAGUUGGUUACUCCAUCAUUACCAAGCGUGGAUUGAAAAUUAUUUCCUUGAACUCAAACGUAUGGAACACAGAAAACUUAUACCUGUUCAUUGACACAUUGAACUUUGAUCCUUUUGGAAUUUGGCAAUUCUUGAUAGACGAGUUGAUUGAAUCGGAGAUCAAUGAACAAAGAGUCUGGAUCAUCGCCCAUCUCCCACCUUCAAAACACUCUCUACCAGUGCCAACCAAAAUCUUCACCAAGAUCAUUGAGCGGUUCUCCCCCAAAGUAAUCGCUGCAAUUUUCUUUGGAUACAAUGGGAAAGAUCAAUUCAACCUUAUCUAUGGUGGGGAUGGUCAAGUCAAAGACUUGAGCAACUUGAUUAACUAUGCUUUAAUUGGACCAUCGGUAAGCCCUUUGAAUGGAAAUAACCCAGCCUGGAGGUACUAUUCAGUUGACACCGAAACCUUUGAUGUUGUCAAUUCUUUCACCUACAUCACCAAGUUGAAUAACACCUUCGUCAAUGAAGGAGCAGAGCCUGUAUGGGAAUAUCAAUAUCUGGCCAGAGAAGCCUAUGAUCCUGAACUGCUUUGGCCUAUGGAGAGGCCCUUGGACAUGGAAUUCUGGCACCAUGCUGGGGAGAAGAUAAGGGAUAUCCCCCAUAUUAAUAAGAUGUUCAACUCAUUCGAAUACCGGCAAUCUCCUUAUGAUCCAUAUUACUAUUUGAACUUUCAAGUAACCGAACCAACAACAGAUGAGCUCAUUUUACAGAAUGAUAACUACUGCAAGGUGACUAGUUUUAGUGUGCUCAACAGGAAAGAGUGUAUGCUAACUGAUGACCAGGAUGCGUACAAGGAGCCUAGGUAUCUUCGAACAUUCAUUCCGUUGAUUAGGCCCAAUCAAUCCCCUGAAUAUCUUUUGUUACUGGGUCCCCCUUCAACUAAGGAGACUGAAUCUAUUGUUUACCAACAGAGGCAAAAUCCAAACUUUGACCAGGAAGAGGCCAAACAGAGUGACGUAAAAGCUAAACAUAAUAGAAGGAAGUCACUUCGUGAUAAGCUUCACAAGGCUCACCAACGGGUUAAAUCAGAAAUGAGAAAAAGAAGCUUUGGUAUGGAACUUGAUGACGUUUGA